GUGAUAAAGUGAGUAAUAAGGCAAAGUGGGAGUUACAAAGUGGAUGCGACAGCUCCAGCAGAACUUCUUCUCACUGCCACAUAGGCUCGAUACAAAGCAGCAAACGUUAUUUGGAAAUCUGUUUGGGGAAAAAAAUGCACUUUGAGCAUCUCUGCAGUUCUUGUGUCUGAAGCAUUGAUCAGGAAAAUCGGCAGCAGAGCGCCAGCAAAGGAGAAGAGAAUAUGGUGAAGGCAGCCAAGGAAAUUGAAAUGGAGAACCCAAGAGAGGCAGAGACUCCCAGCACAGGGGCCACAUGUUCCCCACCAGAGGAACAAGCAAAAAAACCCUCCAUGCUCUGUUUUAAGAAGCGGAAGAAGUCCUGUAAGAAGGGGCUGACUGUGAAGGAUGCAUGUGAAGGAGCCUCAGAGGAGAAAAGCCAAUGUGUCAGCGCUGAGCAAGAGGAGGCCAAAGCUUCCAAUCCAUCACGAUCCUCCAAAGGAACCUGGGCAGCCAUCAAAAACCUCGCCAGGCCUCAGAGAAGGCAGAAGUCCUCCUCACGGAAGAAGGUGCCCUCUGAUUCCCAAGUGCAGCUGGAGGUGGAUGCUGAGGAGAGCUGUGCACAAGACCUCCCAAAGAAGCGGGCGAGCUCUGGGGUGAAGAUGCCCUGUGUGAGGUUCUCCAGAGGUAAGAAAAAACCCAGCCCCUCAGAAGCAGUGGAGGAGUCAGAGGGCAGUGUUCAAGCAAAUGAAGUGAUGGGUGUUGUGAAUAAGGCUAUUGAAGAGCCAGAGGAUUUGGCCCCAACAGACAAAUCUGAAUCCCUCAGCCCGGUCUCUGCACAGGAGGAGCAGGAUACGGUGAAGCAGGAGCAGCAUAGAAUAAAGGAGGACCAGGGUACAAGGAAGAAGGACCAGGAUACAAUAAAAAAGGACCAGGAUUCAGUGAAAGAGGACAACCAUACAGCAAAGGAAAGUGACACCUCUGUUGGGAAGAGUGAGCCAUUGACAGAGCCCACACGGGAUGCAGAACAUUCAGAGUGCACUGUUCAGCUGGAGAUAACCAGUUCAGAGACAUUUGAUGAAACAGCCCAGGACAAACUGCAGGAAGGGAGUCUGCCCCCAACCACUGACAAUGUGGAGGGCAGGGAAGUUGCUCCCGAAGCGCCUGCUUCUAAAGAUCAACCUGACACUGCCCCUGAAAUCACAGAGUGCCAGGAAAUCCCCAGUGUCUGCAAAGAGAUGCCUGAAAGGGAUGAAUUGGAAAAGAGCAUAAAUCUUUCUCAGGAGCGCAAAGCUGAGGAGACUGUAACUGAUUUCAGUGAGUUGGCAUCCAGAGGUGAUGCAGCGAGUGUGCAGGAGGCAGCAGGUGUGCAGGAGGCAGCAAAUGAGAAGGAUGCAGUGAGUGUGCAAGAGGCAGCAAAUGUGCAGGAUGCCACAAGUGUGAAGGAUGCAGUGAGAGUGCAAGAGGCAGCAAAUGUGCAGGAUGCCACAAGUGUGAAGGAUGCAGUGAGAGUGCAAGAGGCAGCAAAUGUGCAGGAUGCCACAAGUGUGAAGGAUGCCACAAGUGUGAAGGAGGCAGUGAGUGUGAAGGAUGCAGUGAAUGUGAAGGAUGCAGUGAGUGCACAGGAAGCAGUGAGCGUGCAGGAUGCAGUAAGUGUGAAGGAUGCAGCGAGUGUGCAAGAGGCAGCAAAUGUGCAGGAUGCCACAAGUGUGAAGGAUGCAGUGAGUGUGCAGGAGGCAGCAAAUGUGCAGGAGGCAGUGAGUGUGAAGGAUGCAGUGAGUGUGCAGGAGGCAGCAAAUGUGCAGGAGGCAGCAAAUGUGCAGGAGGCAGUGAGUGUGAAGGAUGCAGUGAGUGUGCAGGAGGCAGCAAAUGUGCAGGAGGCAGUGAGUGUGAAGGAUGCAGUGAGUGUGCAGGAGGCAGCAAAUGUGCAGGAGGCAGCAAAUGUGCAGGAGGCAGUGAGUGUGAAGGAUGCAGUGAGUGUGCAGGAGGCAGCAAGUGUGCAGGAGGCAGCAAGUGUACAGGAUGCAGUGAGUGUGCAGGAGGCAGCAAAUGUGCAGGAGGCAGCAAGUGUGCAGGAGGCAGUGAGUGUGAAGGAUGCAGUGAGUGUGAAGGAUGCAGUGAGUGUGCAGGAGGCAGCAAGUGUACAGGAUGCAGCAAGUGUGCAGGAUGCAGAGAGGGUGAAGGACACUGCAAACGUGCAAGAUGCAGCAAGCAUGAAAGAUGCAGCAAGUGUGCAGGAAGCAGCAAGCGUGCAGGAUGCCACAAGUGUGCAGGAUGCAGAGAGUGCACAGGAGGCAGCAAGUGUGCAGGAAGCAGUGAGUGUGCAGGAGGCAGAGAGUGUGAAGGAUGCAGAGAGUGUGCAAGAUACAGCAAGCCUGCAGGAUGCAGCAAGUGUACAGGAGACAGCGAGUGCCCAGGAUGCAGCAAGCGUGAAGGAUGCAGCAGGUGUGCAAGAGGCAGCAGGUGUGGAGGAUGCAGGAGGUGUGCAAGAGGCAGCAAGUGUGGAGGAUGCAGCAGGUGUGCAAGAGGCAGCAAGUGUGGAGGAUGCAGCAGGUGUGCAAGAGGCAGCGAGUGUGGAGGAUGCAGGAGGUGUGCAGGAGGCAGUGAGUGAGGAGGAUGCAGCAGGUGUGCAAGAGGCAGCGAGUGUGCAGGAAUGCUCCAGCCGUCAGAUACUAGAAGCAAAUGCAGGCGCUGGUGUCAGCAUCGUCAUCACCAUCACCGAAGCUGAGGACUCUGACAACACCGACUCUGACCAGGCCUAUGAGCCGUCCCCAGUUUUGCACCAAAAAAAGCAAAAAGGGAAUAAAAAGUCUAACAGGAGCACUGAUGUUGGUCAAAAAGAGGGCCCUGAGGCUGGUGGUGGUCCCCAGGCAGAGGAGAAAGGUCUGGGUGACCAGGGGCACAGAACUGGAGAGCAGUACGAGCUGCUCCUCAUAGAAACCGCCUCCUCCCUCGUGAAGGCGGCCAUUCAGUCAUCCAUAGAGCAGCUGGUCAACGAAAUGGCCCUGGAACAGAAUAAGCACAACAGCUUUCUGUGAUGGCAGCCUUGCCCCAGAGAGAAAGGGCAGAGGGAGUGAUUUCAAGCUCCAUUUGGCCUGCAGGGUGUGUGGAGAACUGGGAGAGCUCCCGGGGCCGUGGUGUGGUUAAUUCUGCAUGCCCGUUCAGUUGUGUCCAUGUGAAACGGAUCCCGGGACGCGGGCAGGCCCUGCUGAGGGCAGCGUGUCCCCUGGGCCUUCAGACAGCACCACUGACCACAGCUGCGGAAAAAUUAAGGUGUUACAGUGACUGUAUUUUCACUUAUUGGCACAUUUCUGUCAUGGCCACAUUUCUGCUGUCCCCCAUGCCCUGUUUCCCCGCUGUCCACGCUGUAGAUCUGUACAUACCAUGUGUUGGAAGAAAGGCCCUGAGAGGCAGCGAGUGCCCAACCUGCUGCUGGGCUGGAUUCGGGGCAUGCUGAAACAGCUGGAGCCUUGCUGGGCCUUUAUUGCAGACGAGGAAGAGCAAAGUGUCUGCAAUAUUAACAGGAAAACAUCAAUGCCAGGCUGUGCUUUGUGCUGUGAACCGGCCCCAGGCGCCAGGAGCCGCGGUCAGUGCUGUGGCACGAAGCCGGCGGGUUGCAGCAGCGAGCUCUCUCCUUCCUUGCCUCGGCCUCUCCCGCUGUCAGGAGCAGCCUGUGCAUCUCCAGACACGCUAAAGCUCAGCAUCAGCCUCGCCUUGCUGACCCCGGGCUGAAAGCGACAGCGCCUCAUCUGCCGGGGGAGCCUUUCUCGCACCAUUGAACUCGACGGGCAAAAUUCCCUGCGGGAUCACGGGCUUGGCUGGGCAGGAGCAGCCCUGCCGCCGGCAGCCCCUCUCCUCCCUCGACUUCCUCCGUCCCCAUCCCGGUGUCGUGCUGAAGCUCUCCUCGGAUGUAGCAUAUUUUUUUAUCCAUGGCAUGCGAUAUAAAUAGCAGUGAGCUGCAUGCGUGUUAGCAGUCAGCAGAGUUUGGGAAGCUGCAAUUUUGUGCUGCCGGCGCUGGGAUUGCUUUGAUUUGGUCUGAGUGCCGCUGGCAUCCCCGGCUGCUGGCGGAGCCUGUCCCGCACCGCUCCCCCCUCAAAGCCCUCCCGCCUUCAUCCAGCCCAGGCAUCCCUUGGGAAUCGUGCGUUCUGCCCGGCUCGCUGCC